GCGUAAUCCUAGGCUCACAAGACUGUGGCAUUAUGGGAGUUGAAGUCCAGCUUUCAGGAACCUGUUCAUGCUGUUGUUUUUAAAGCAGGACUGCUUGGACAGGUUGUGGGGUGGCCUGCUCUGCCCCCUAUCUCAGAGCUGUCCCUCGGCUAACCCGCCUCCUUUGUGUUCCUUUUGGGUAAGAGCAUCAUGAGCUUAAGAGCCUGUGGCUUGAUUAUCUUCAGGCGGUUACCCAAGGCAUGUGCGGACGGCCACGUUGAGUACCUCCUUCUGCAAACCUCAUAUGGCACCCAUCACUGGACACCCCCAAAAGGCCACGUGGACCCCGGGGAAGAUGACCUUCGCACAGCCCUGCGAGAGACCCAGGAAGAGGCUGGGCUGACCUCCGCCCAGUUCACCAUCCUGGAAGGCUUUAAGAAGGAACUGAAUUACGUCGUCAGAGGCAAACCCAAAACGGUGGUCUACUGGCUGGCCGAGCUGAAGGACCAGGACACGGAGGUCAAGCUUUCUUCAGAGCACCAGGCCUUCCGCUGGCUGACCCUCACUGAGGCCUGCAGACUUGCCGAGUACGAGGACAUGCAAGGCACCCUCCGAGAGGCUCAUCUCUUCCUCUCUGCCAAAGAAUAAACUUCCUCCCGUGGGAAUAUUUGGGGAGAUGUUUCACUGCUGUUCUUUCAAGUCUUAUGAGCAACAUUUCUCAACUUCGGCCCCUUAAAGGUGGGUGGACUUCAACGCCCAGAAUUCCAAGCUUGGCUGUUUCCUUGCAGACGUUUCACCAUCCAACUAGGUAACAUCAUCAGUGCUAGGGAGGUUGAGGUUUGCUCCCAGCUUAUGCAGGAUAAGCUCCUGUGUAUAAAUAGAGAGCAAACCCUACUUCUUUGUAGCGUUGAUGAUGUUCCCUACUUGGGUCACGAGAUGCCUGCAAGAAAACAAGGAGGGCCAGAAAACACUAAGGACCCUACAAUCUUUCCUCCUCCAACCUCUCUUCCUUCUAGCACUGAUGAUGUUCCCUAGUUGGGUCGUGAAACGUCUGCAAGAAAGCAACCAAGCUCAGAGGGCACUAAGGACCCCCACAGUCCUUUUCUUCCUCCUCUAUGAAAACCCCCACUCCCUUUAGCCCUGAUAAUGUUCCCUAGUUGGGUCGUGAAACGUCUGCAAGAAAACCAGCAAGCUCAGAGGGCACUAAGGACCCAUAGUCCUUUUCUUCCUCCUCCUGCGCUCCACAUCCUUCUAGCCCUAAUUAUGUUGCCUAGUUGGGCCAUGAAACACCU